GGGUUCCCAAAUCGGAUCUAACCAGAUUCCCUCGCGGAUCUCCAAGUCGGGCUGCUCCGCGCCGCUUUGUUCCCAGGUGACACCAUGAGCUCCCCCGGCGUGACCCCAGAACUGGACAUGAAGGACGUGGAGCUGAACGAGAUGGACCCCGAAAAGCAGCCCAUGACCGCCUCCUCGCCCCUAGCCGGCUCUCCGGGCAGCCUGGGCGAGAAGAACGGCGUGGUGAAGGUGAAGAUGGAGGAGGAGGAAGAGGAAGCCGAGAUGGCCGCCAAGUUCACCGGCUUGUCGAAGGAGCAGCUGCUCCAGGUAGCCGGCACCCCCGCCUGGGUCCGGACUCGCUGGGCCCUCCUCAUCCUCUUCUGGCUCGGCUGGCUCGGCAUGCUAGCCGGAGCCGUGGUCAUCAUCGUCAAGGCCCCCCGCUGUAAGGAUCUCCCCAAGCAGGAAUGGUGGCAGAAAGGAGGGAUCUACCGGAUCUUGCAGGUGGAGGGCUUCCAAGAUUCGGGCAGCGAUGGCAUCGGUGACCUGACAGGUGAGUUUGGGGCCGAGGCUGAUGGGCAUUGUGGUGGCAAGGAGUCCCUGACUCACUCUCGCUAGCAUUCCCCUGUCGGUCCCUCUUUCUCUCU